CUCUACGAUGGGCCUGAUGCACAAUCUAACCUGAUAGGCACUUUCUGUGGACAGUCUCUUCCACUGGCAGGGAGUACUACAGGGACCAGCCUUCAUGUGGUGUUUUAUUCUGAUGGGCUGAAUGCUAGAAGUGGGUUCCAGAUGCUGUGGAAUGUUAAUGGUUGUGGAGGAGAACUCUCUGGCCCUUCUGGUUCAUUUCACAGCCCUGGCUACCCCAACAGAUACCCAAGCAGCAGGGAGUGCAUCUGGUACAUCCACACAGCGCCUGGUAGCAGCAUUCAACUCACCAUUCAGGAAUUCGACAUUGAAUAUCACCCAAACUGCAACUAUGAUGUUUUGGAGGUCUAUGGUGGCUCUGAUUUCCUCUCUCCCAGACUAGCCCAGCUGUGUGUCUCCAGAUCAGUGCAGAACCCACUGCGAGUCUCCACUACUGGCAAUUCAGCCAUUGUCCGUUUCAAGACAGAUGCAGCAGUGGCAGGGAAAGGUUUUAAUGCUUUCUGGCAAGAAAACCCAGGUGGUUGCGGUGGUAUUUUCCACGCUACCAGCGGGGAAAUCCAUUCUCCGAACUAUCCUCAACCUUAUAAUAACAACACAGAUUGUUCCUGGGUUAUCCAGGUUGACUACGGCCAUAGGGUCCUAUUGAAUUUCACGGAGAUGGACAUUGAAAAUCACCCUUUGUGUAACUAUGACAGUGUUGCGGUAUUUGAUGGUCCUAGCAGUGAAGCACCGUUGCUUAAAAAACUCUGUGGAGCACAGCGUCCUCCUCCUAUCACCUCCUCCAAGAAUCUAAUGUACGUCCGACUGCGCUCUGAUGCAGCCAUCCAGCACAGGGGCUUCAGUGCUCGUUUUACUGAAGCAUGCGGAAGUUCCAUAGAAUCAGAUUCAGUUGGGGCAGCAAUUUCCUCUCCUCUCUAUCCUGCCAAAUACCCAAACAAUCAGAACUGCAGCUGGAUUAUUCAGGCUCAGGAACCAUUCAAUCACGUCACGCUCUCAUUCACUGACUUUGCUACUGAAAACAACAGACAAAACUGUACAACGGAUUUUGUGGAGAUUCUGGAUGGGAAUAACCAUGAGGCUCCUCUUAGAGGCCGUUACUGUGGCACUACUAUACCACAUCCUAUCACUUCUUUUGGGAAUGCCUUAGUGGUGAACUUCAUCUCCAACAACGACAUUACUGCCAGGGGCUUCCAUGCCACCUAUGUUGCAUCGUCAUCAUCCUGUGGGGGUACUUUCCACAUGGACCAAGGAGCUUUCAACAGCCCUGGCUACCCCGAGCCGUACCCACUCAACGCCGAGUGCGUCUGGACGAUCCUCAGCUCCCCUGGCAACCGGCUCCAGCUCUCCUUCAUAGCGUUUCAGGUGGAAAAUAGCAGCAGCUGCACCAAAGAUUACCUGGAGAUUCGGGAAGGGAACGACACAGGCAUGCUGGCAGGACGAUUCUGUGGGAACUCCUUGCCUUCAAAUUAUACGUCUACGGUUGGACAUGUCCUGUGGGUCAAGUUUGUCUCAGACGGCUCAGGCACUGAUGUUGGCUUCAGGGCCACAUUCUCUCACUUGUAUGGAAAUGACAUUGUGGGAAGCAGAGGACAAAUAGCUUCACCACAGUGGCCCAGAAGCUACCCUCACAAUUCCAAUUACCAGUGGCGAAUAAGCGUCAAUGCUUCACAAGUUAUCCACGGCCGUAUCCUGCAGAUGGAGAUCGAAAAUCAUCACAGCUGCUAUUAUGACAAGCUAAAG